AUGUAUAACCUCGCUGACGGAACACCGGAUCUGGAGCACCUGCAGCCACUCAUCGAAAUGUUUGACAUCGAGCACUGCAAGGUGGUGCUUCCUAGCGAUCGCUCUCUACCCUUCGUGCAGACGCGCGCAGAGGACGUUGGAAAGUUCGUCGCGGCGAGCCCGGACCCGAAGAAGCGGCCCGAGUUCAGCCAGAUCAGAGGCAGUCGGCUCUCGGAAGAGACUGAACGAGGCCGUGCAGCCCGCCGACAAGGCCCGAGGCAAGUCGGCAAAAAUUCGAAGUAA